UGUGUGAGAGAGAGAGAGAGAGAGAGAGAGAGAGAGAGAGAGAGAGAGAGAGAGAGAGAGAGAGAGAGAGAGAGAUUGGGGAGGGAUCUGCUUCUCUUCAAGGACUUUCCUCUCAUACUAACGUCAGUUGUAGGACCGGCUUCAAAAUGCACAACCGCUAUUUUGUAAGUGGACCUCUCUGGCUGAGAGAUUUCAUAUAGUCAGCAUGCCUGAAGAAGACGUGUGCUCCACCUAGGAAAAAGCAACGCACGCUGUGGAGAAGUUCCUGUGCGCCCAUACGUGGCUAUACCAUGGAGGAAACCCUUAAAGAACAAUACAUUUGGGCUCUAAACGAGUCAUGGAGAAAUGACAGCCUCGGUAACGACACGGAUGGCGCCAAUCAAACGGUGAAUCCCCUGAAACGCAAUGAGGAGGUGGCCAAAGUGGAGGUCACGGUGCUCGCCCUGGUCUUGUUCUUCGCCCUCGCGGGGAAUUUGUGCGUUCUGCUCGCUAUCCACACAGCCAAGCACGGCCAGUCGCGCAUGUACUACUUCAUGAAGCACCUGAGCAUCGCUGACCUGGUGGUGGCAAUCUUCCAGGUGCUGCCUCAGCUCAUCUGGGACAUCACAUUCCGCUUUUAUGGGCCUGAUUUGCUGUGCAGACUUGUGAAGUACCUCCAAAUAGUCGGCAUGUUCGCCUCCACCUACAUGCUCGUACUGAUGUCCAUAGAUAGGUGUCUGGCCAUCUGCCAGCCGCUGCGCUCUUUGCACAAACGGAAAGACCGCAUCUACGUGGUUUUGUCCUGGGUGCUCAGUUUGCUGUUCAGCAUCCCGCAGGUGUAUAUCUUCUCUCUACGGGAGGUCGGAUCUGGAGUGUAUGACUGCUGGGGAGAUUUUGUGCAGCCUUGGGGCGCCAAAGCCUAUAUCACUUGGAUCAGCCUUACAGUCUACAUCAUUCCUGUGGCUAUCUUGAGCAUUUGCUACGGUCUAAUAAGCUUUAAAAUCUGGCAGAACUUUAAAUUGAAGACCAGGCGCGAGCAGCAGGUCGUCACUCUGAGCCCCACGGCCGCGCGAAACGGUGCGCUUUUGGCGCGCGUAAGCAGCGUCAGACUCAUUUCCAAAGCCAAGAUCACCACAGUCAAAAUGACAUUCGUCAUCGUGCUGGCUUACAUCGUAUGCUGGACUCCGUUUUUCUUCGUACAGAUGUGGUCGGCGUGGGAUCCAGCUGCGCCCCGUGAGGCCAUGCCCUUCAUCAUCUCCAUGCUGUUGGCCAGUUUGAACAGCUGUUGUAACCCUUGGAUCUACAUGUGCUUUGCUGGACACCUGUUCCAUGACCUGAAGCAGAACUUUCUGUGCUGUUCGGCUUACUACCUGAAGUCCUCUCAGUGCCGCUAUGACCUGGAGCGCAACUCCAGCCGCAAGAGCAACUCCUCCAUAUACGUCAUGAAGAGCACCAGCAGCCAGAGAAGCAUUACCCAGACAUCGUCCACAUAAACACUGAUGCUGAUCACACAUGAGGACUGGGUGUAGACCCAUACAGAAUGAAAGUGAUGUGUGCAGAUGGUCAUAAACACACUGAGAGGAGCCUAAUGAAACUCACUAUCAGAACACUGUUGGAAGCUUUGCCUUUAUCGCUGUGAUUACUUCCUGGACAAAAAAAAUAAAUAAACAAAACAGACCACCACCAGAAUGAGAAGAGGGUGACUGUAAUGUCAUAGCAGAUGGCAUGCUACCAUAAAUGUGGCAAAAAAAAAAUGUCUGGCUACAGAUUAAAAUCUGUGUGUGUUUGGCUUCCAGAAGAGAGGCCCUUUUGAAAACCAUUGGCUUUUGAAAACCUUUUUUUCUGAUUCGCACUUAAAUAUGCUUAAAUCGCACUUCAGUCAGUGUUCAACAUUUCAUUCAUUCUCAAGAAAAGCAAGAAGAUAUUUUCUAGCUUACUUUUCUUGUCACUUAAAGUCAUAGCUGUGUGAAAACUGCAUGCAUAUUGUGGACUAACUAACAAAUAAGUUCAAGUCAAUAAUGACAAUCAGUCAGUGUUUGUGUUUUAGAAUUAACUCGGCAACAUUUAUGACUCUAGCGAUUCGCAGGUUUUUCUCUUUUUUUUUCUUUUCAACAGAAAUAGUUCUAAUAUAAAUAUAUUAUAUUCAAAGAUAAUAAAACCCAUUAAGAAUGCAGCAUUUUUUUGAGCAGGACAUUCUUGAUCAGUUUCAUUACUAGGUUUUUACUAGGUGUUGGUUUAUUUUAAAGCCACAUUUUUUUUGUCACAUUCAUUUACAGAGCACGUUUAAUUAUACACUUGCAUCAUGUUAACAGAAAGACCCCAGUCAUAUAACUUUAUUUUCCUGAAGUAAAUUUCUGCAUGUUUCUUUAAAACACCUACUGAGUUUCUCCAACACAUAAAUGUCAUCAUCAAAAGCUUUUUUACCUCACUUUCUGAAUGCUAUAACAAUGAGAUGUUUAUACUUUCUGAAUGCUAUAACAAUGCAGUGUCCUAAUGUCUCAUUUUCUUUUUUAAAUCCAGCAGUAAAGUGGUUGUUCAAUGAUUAUACUUCCUUCACGGUGUUUAAUUCUAUUCUAUACAGACAUAUUUGCUUCGAGGUCAAAAGGCUACUGAAUUUUACUUCUGAAACUCAGUCAUAUUUACUAUGGAUAUAAGAAAAAUAUAGAGUAAUUUAUUGAAAAUAAAGUGUACGUGCCAACAAUUGUGUUUGUGACCGAGUGUUUUAAUUUAAAUCUAUUUAAGUAAAAGAAAUGUGCAUGAGUAAGAUCUUCAUGCCUUGUUUCAUCCAUGAAGAAGAAACAUGUUCAGCUUUUGUUGCACUGAUAUCCUUUGAAGCAGGAUUUUCAGAUAGCAGAUAUUUUUUUAGCAUGGCACUUGGUACAUAUGCUGACUGGUGAUUAUAGAGGGUGUGUAAAUUUAGUUUGGGGGAACGAUAGCACAAUGGAUCGAAUCUUAUCUGAAAAUCAGUGAUCGAGUAGUGAAAAGGCUGAACUCACAUCUCUUUUCAGACAGGGACCAUCUCCACAGAGUUGCCUUUUAUCUA